GGCUUUGUGUACUAGUAUAGCAGAGAGUAGGAGUAUACUCGUCGUCGACGGUGGUUGUUGCAAGUGCGGGUGCGUAAUUAUGCUGUUUUCGGAUGGCAUUGCGAUGGUAGAGAGUAGGCUAUAGCUCGUCGUCGACGGUGGUUGUUGCAAGUGCGGGUGCGUAAUUAUGCUGUUUUCGGAUGGCAUUGCGAUGGUAGACAGUGGAAUCCAUAGUGUUUGGUACUGAUGCUGCUGCUGCUAUUACCGCCGUAAAGCGAUGCGGAAACGUUGCGGAAAACCGCAGGAUGAACUUUACGUCUGAGUUAGUUCGGUGAAAUGUGAGACAAUUAGGCUUUUGAUUUAGGAAGUGCGGCUGAAUGAGCAAUCCAUGAGGGCUCAAAUUCUGGAAAUUAAGUGUCUCAUUGUUUCAGAUUAAAUCAUGCUGUGGGAAGUGUGUACCUUAACACCUAUCCCCUUUGCUUACUACACAGCAUCAUUAAGGAUAUCUACUAUGGACGGUGUACAGAACUACGAAAGUUUUCCAGAUAUAUUGCCAUCGUGCAUCCCCUCCGGCACAGGACGUCCCGCAAAAAGGCUCGCCUCUUCCUGUUGAUCAUUUGGGCGCUGAGCUGCAUCCUGGCCGCCCCCUGCCUCAUGUACUCCACUGUCAUGACAAAGCGGUACCACAACGGGAAAACCAGGACCGUUUGCUACAUGCUGUGGCCGGAUGGACGCUACCCGACCUCGAUGGCAGAUUACAUCUACAACCUGGUGUUCCUCAUCCUGACGUACGGCAUCCCGAUGCUGAUAAUGAUCGUGUGCUACUCGCUGAUGGGCCGGGAGCUCUGGGGAAGCCGUUCCAUCGGGGAGCACACCGAACGGCAGCUCGAGUCGAUGAAAUCGAAAAAGAAGGUGGUUCGCAUGUUCAUCAUCGUGGUCACCAUCUUCGGCAUCUGCUGGCUGCCGUACCAUCUGUUCUUCGUGUACGCCUACCACAACAACCAGAUGACAUCGUCCAGCUACGUCCAGCAGCUGUACCUGGGCUUCUACUGGCUAGCCAUGUCCAACGCAAUGGUCAACCCGAUCAUAUACUACUGGAUGAACAGCCGGUUUCGAAUCUACUUCCAGGAUAUUAUCUGCUUUUGCUGCUUGCAGUUCCUCAACGCGCGGAUGAAGGACGGCAUGCCACAGGGUGUUCUGUUGCACAAGAAUUCCAACUCCGAACCGGGCCGGUACCGAUCUUGUAAAUCGACAACGUUCGCUGUCGGUACGGUGGCGACCGCAGUACCACAGCACCGAAGAGUACCGGAUGCGGCUAGCAGCUCCCACCGCGGUCCUCAACCACCAGCACCACCAACACCGGAACAUCCAGCGGGGUAUGGUCAGCGUGGUGAACGUCGUCGAGAAUGCCAACGGGAAGCCGGCGUCGACGCUGGACGGUCUCCAUCAGACGACGGACAUCAGCGAGCUUCCGACGGCCGUGAACUACCACCUGCCGAGGUGCUCGGGUUCGCAGGACUCCCACUCGCAGAGUCGGCUGAAAGAGCAGCAACAGCAGCAGCAUUCCUCCAGUAGUCACAGUCACGAGUACUCUUGACAUCCGCAGUACGACUAGAG